UAAGAAGGGAUAAAGAAGAAUUAAAUUCGGGACAACAGACAGAGAGAGCGCUAGAGAGAAGGUGUCAGGGGGAAAGUGUGUGGGAGGUGAACAAGGGAGAGUAAUGUGCAUGUAACAUUGGGGAAGGGAAAAGGCAGAGCGUGGGGAGAGAGAGAGAGAGAGAGAGAGAGAGAGAGAGAGAGAGAGAGAGAGAGAGAGAAGGGGGGAGAGAGAGAGGGGGGGAAUCACUAGCUGCACAGCUGAUGCGGAGCUGUUGAUCUGAAUGCUGGAGCUCGCCUGGCCUUAAGCAGGGCUGCUUCCCGCUCAUUACCGAGUCUACUCUGACACACACACACACAUUCACACACACACACACACACACACACACAUUCACACGGCGGAGAAAGACAGAGGCAGACACAGGGAGACACCGUGGAUCAGCAGCCAUGGCAGAUAUGGAGGCUCUGAGCGAGGCUCUGAAUGCCAUCAGUGUGACCACCGAGGUACUUGAUGAGGAGCUGAAGCCUCACCUGGACACCCUGCUGAGCACCCUUCUGGAAAAGAAGGAGGGUGCUGCCCAGAAGAUCGCCGCCAGCGGCAUUCUACCCACGCUGGCCAACUCCAUCAGGACGAAAAGCCCCCUCACUUCCCAGGUCACCCUGGUCGUUGCUGAGAUGGCCAGGGACGCUUCUGUGAGAGACAGCUGUAUUGAAGCGGGACUCGUGCCCGUCCUCCUGCCACACCUGAACAGUAAAGACGAGGAGCUUCUGCUGCACACAGGCAGGGCCAUCGGACGGAUCUGCUUCGAGAAUGCUGCCCAACAGGAUAAUCUGGUCCAGGGGGGAGUCAUACCCAGACUGGUCAACAUCAUGAAGAUUUAUCCACAGAACGACCCCCUGGUCAACGUGUGUCUGCUGGCUCUGUGCAACCUGGCUGAUAUGGAUGCUGCACGAGAGGCCCUGGCAGAGGUGGGCGUCGCGGAGGUGCUAACUGGCCAGCUGAAGCGUGCCCCCGAUGCCGAGAGACGCCACCUCAUACUGGAAGUUCUGGGAUCACUGGGAGAGAGUGAUGCGCUGAAGCUGCAGUUUGUGGAGGCUGGUGUGCCAGAGGUCUUGUCAGAGAUGAUUGGAGGGCUACAGGGAGGCUCUGACCCCCACGACCUCUGCAGCAUCAAAAUAGCUUCCAACCUCAUCGUGUCUCUUCUGCUGGGGGAUGAGUCGAUGCAGAAGUGCUUCGGCCAGGGGACAGGGAGUGUGUAUAAGGACGUGCUCUCCUGGCUGCAGUCUUCCAACACGCAGCUGCAGCUCGCCGGGGCGCUCGCCAUCGCUAACUUCGCCAGGAACGACAGUAACUGUGUGAAGAUGCUGGAGCUGGGCGUGGUCCCUCACAUCCUGGACCUGCUGGAGAAGCACGUGGACGAGGGGGACGUGUCCGUGCAGCACGCCGGCCUCAGCGCUCUCAGGAACCUGGCUAUCCCUGCCUCUAAUAAGGUGCGGAUGCUGGAGGACGGGGUGACGGAGAGGAUCCAGACCCUGCUGCGCUCAGACAUGCCCCCGGUGCAGUUCAAGCUGCUGGGGACUCUACGCAUGAUGGUGGACGGACAGGAGAAGGCGGCUGCUGUGUUGGGGAAGGAUGAGGGCCUGCUGAAGCGGGUGAUGGAGUGGUGUGAAGCCAAGGACCACGCGGGAGUUCGAGGAGAGGCCAACCGCCUCCUGGCAGCGCUCAUCAGGCACAGCCGAGACCCUGAUGUAAUCAACUCAGUCGUGAAAGCCCAAGGGAUGCGGCACCUCAUCACCAUGGCAACCAGCGAACAUGUCAUCAUGCAGAACGAAGCUUUGGUUGCCCUGACGAUUGCUUCGGCAAUAGAUAUUGACACGGUGCAGGAGUCCUUUGCAGAGGCGGAGCUCCUGCCCACCCUACAGAAGAUGCUGGAGGACCCUGUGGGGGCCGUGGAGGUCAAGUUCAGCACCAUGGGCCUCAUCUGCAGCCUGGCCAACUCCAGUCUGCUGAGGGAGCAGAUGGAGGGCCUGAACCUGAAGGACAGCCUCACCCAGCUCUCCGGCCACACCAACACCAAGCUGGCAGCGCAGGCCGACACCGUGCUGGCCGUCCUGGCCGAGACCAGCUAAGCAGAGUCGCCCGCGUCGCCCGCCUCGGACCAUAGACUAUUAGCACCGCGUGUGCCACCGCUGCCCUUGCCACCACCAACAGACUAACCUAACCUGUGCCGCACACUCCAGUCAGACCAAAACCGAAAACCGUGAUCUUCCAUCCCGGCAUCACCAGGACCAGAUGAGCGAGGGGCUCCGAGGGCAUUGGGGGGGGGGUGGGUGGGUGGUGGGGGGAGAGGUUGGGUUGGGUGCAUGCUGGGAUCUGUAGUAGACGACCCACAGACAACCUGAGACAAAAAUGUGAAAGACUCUGAGCAAACACGUAAUCAGCAAGCACAUAAGCACAGGAUGUGAUCACGUAUCUUCUGUCAUCUAUCAUCACCCACCCUUCACAUCAAGGAAGAGGGCUGUUCACACUCUUAGAAAACACACUGCUCUGUGGGAGAGCUUGAACGCCUUUGCAGUGGUGUGAAAAUAUUAGACAACGUGUGGAGCCUAUUUGGAAAUAAUAAAAAAAAAGACAAGACAAGAAAACCUUUUCUAAGGGUGUGAACAUUCUACAUCCUUUGGUAUGUAAGCACAAUAUUAACUGGGGUGAAAUCAGUACAGUACAUGACGUCAUGAUCUAACUACACUAGCAACUCCUUAACUGAAAUAGCAAUCUACUGCAGUCAGCUGUCUAACGAGCACUUAUAGGGAUUAACAUGAGGGACCAGUCAUAUAUGUCAAGCUGUAUCCUUUGUGCACUUUAGAAGAACUAGAAAUAGAUUCUAGUUACUGUAGCAUAUUCAGAGCUAUUUAAUGUUGAAUGAAGCCUAUUGUUGUUCUUGGUGUGUGUUUUCAUUUUAUAUGGAUGGAUGUUUUUGGGAUUUUUUUUUUCCUCCUCCUGGUCAAUUGCUCAUAUACUGUAUGUGUACAAAAACAGCAGCUGUCCAAUAAUCGAUGUGUAAUCUAGUUUUGAAACUCUGUUGAAUGUGAUGCGAAUAGAUCAUUGACUGCUGGAUUCACUAUGUAACAUCACAGCUCUCUGAAGGGGACAGAAAAAGCAAUAACACUUGUAAUCACUU